AUGGCAUUAGAUAGCCAAUCUACAACAGACACUGUCAACCCAACCGUACCGCACCCCGCUGUCAGGGAUUCGAACCCCGACCAGACGCUCGUUCACAUCUACGCCGCCAUGUUUUUUAUCGUUAACCCUUCAGUGGCCGGCGCCGGCUUGUUGACAAACUCGCUCGGUCUCCUCGUGCUCGUGAGGUCGGGCAUGCGCAGAACGUCCAACAUUUUCCUCCUGGGGUUAACCCUCGCCGACUCCAUGUUCCUGUUGGGGGGCGUGGCUCCCACUGGAUUCCUCCAGUACACCUUCAACGCACGGCUGACCUACGCGUACAUCGGAUGGCGCUAUCCAUACCCCAUCGCUUACUCCAUCCACAUCAUCCACAGCGUGUUCACCACCGUCACCAACCUCGGACUGUACACGUCAACCACACUGCCUGCUGUUAUUUCAGUCGAACGAUGCUUCGCUAUUUUCCUCCCGCUAAAAUUCAAACAAAUUAUGACAACCAACAAAGCCAUAUUUAUCAUAAUACUCGUCUUUAUUGCUUGGUUACCAUGGAUACUGUUCUGGCAAUCUUGUCUAGAUUUUUUUUACUACCCACUAGGGGGUAACAAAUUCACCGGAGUACAACAGCUAUCGCCAUACUGUACAAGCAACUACAACAUAGUACACGUGUUUGAUGACUACGUCUUAAACUACCUCAGCAGUGUAUUCCUCGUGACCAUCAUCGUGGUAGGGUCACUGCUGGUCAGCGUCAAGAUCCGACUCACACACGCCACGAGGAAGAAACUCUCCAGCAGGAAAUCCACUCACCCACCCCGCACAACCCGCACAACCCGCACACUUCUCGCCGUGUCGUUGAUCUUCUCUAUCACCAACUUCAUCUACUUUGUCGUCGUCAGUGUCAUGUCUGAGCAGAUGGAGGAAAACUCUCAGCUAAAUCUGGCAGUUAACGCCUGCCUGAGGUGUCUGAACUACCUGAGUAGUUCCAGUAAUUUCUACGUCUACAUCUUCUUGAACAAGAAUUUUAAAAGUAUUUUUAUUGCUUUGUUUCGUGUGGAAAACGGUAGAUAUUAUAUAUAA